ACAUCUAUUUUUAAUUUAAAAAAAAUGCAAAACAUAAAUUCCUCUAUACAAUUUAAUCCCCCUCCACUACCUUCAUUUUCGUUUGAAGAACCAAUAGCAGUCCCAAAAUGUGCAAACAACAACACAGAUUUAUUAAUCCCUAUUCCAAACAAUUUAAAUACUGUAAUCGCAUCAACUGCCAACAUUUUUCCCAGUUCUUCCUCAAAUAUAUUUCCCUUUAAUUUAAACGAAAUUAACUCUAUACAGAAUCAAUUUGGAAUUAAAACAAUAGCUAACAACAACAUUCCCGGUGCCCAACAAAAUUUAUUAAACCUCCAAAAUAUCUACAACAAUCCUUCUUUAAUGAAUACCAUUUUUGGGGGCAAUUCAAUUUUUAAUUUUCCUCCAUUUCAACAGCCUUCAAUACAAAUUCCACAAAAUAAAAAUACAGAAAAUUUAAAUAAUUCAGUAACUAAUACCCUUCCCCCAACUUCAACUACUACAAUAAUUUCGCCCAAAUUUCUUCCUCCAACUCUUAUUUUUGCUGGCCAGAGUCAGUUACUUUAA